GUUUAGUUCUACGACCGCAAAGACAUAAAAAAAAUUAACAAUCUAAAAAUCCAACAUGUCCUUGACUGAGCAAUUCAAUGCAGCCGCCGAGAAGGUGAAGACCUUGACCAAACGUCCCAGCGAUGAUGAGUUCUUGGAGUUGUAUGCCCUAUUCAAACAGGGCACAGUUGGUGAUAACAACACCAAUAAGCCAGGACUCUUGGAUCUGAAGGGCAAGGCCAAAUGGGAGGCAUGGAACAAGCAAAAGGGCAAAUCCACUGAGGCUGCUCAACAGGAAUAUGUAAAGUUUGUUGAAGGACUUGUUGCCAAAUAUGCUUAAAACACACACACACACACACACACACACACACAGCCACAAAAGUGCAACCAAACAAACACCAAAAAGCCCCGAAAUUGAAUUUGAGACUAUAUAGUAUAGUAUAGAGAUUUGUAUGACAUUUUUUAAACAUUAUUUAGUAUGCGGAAUAAAGAUUUUCUAAUGUAAA